AUGUCCUGCAUAGAGAAGUGCCAACCUUGCUGGCUCUGCCAGCCCUGCGGCCCCACCCCACUGGCCAACAGCUGCAAUGAGCCCUGUGUCAGGCAGUGCCAGGACUCCACUGUGUUCAUCCAGUCCUUUCCUGUGCUGGUGACCCUGCCCGGCCCCAUCCUCAGCUCCUCCCCACAGAACACCGCCAUGGGAUCCUCCACCUCAGCUGCUGUUGGCAGCAUCCUCAGCUCUCAGGGAGUGCCCAUCAGCGCUGGGGGCUUUGACAUCUCCUGCAUCACCAACUGCUAUGGUGGCAGCAGAUGUUGUCCCUACUAA